CAUUCACAUGCAUUCACUGACACUUUGUCUAUGGGGAGAAAUGGCACAGAAAGGAUUUAAGAUUGCUGGUGACAAACUCUCCUGCGCGAUCUGUUUGGAUCUACUGAAGGAUCCUGUGACUAUUCCCUGUGGACACAACUACUGCAGGGACUGUAUUAAAAUUCACUGGGAUGGACAGGAUCAGAAGCACAUCCACAGCUGUCCUCAGUGUAGACAGACCUUCAUACCGAGGCCUGCUCUGGUGAAAAACACCAUGUUAGCAGAGUUGGUGGAGGAAGUGAAGCAGACUGGACUGUAUGCUACUCCUGCUGAUCACUGCUAUGCUGGACCUGAAGAUGUAGCCUGUGAUGUUUGUCAUGGGAGAAAGCUGAAAGCCUUCAAGUCGUGUCUGCACUGUGUGGUCUCUUAUUGUAAACACCAUCUCCAGCCUCAUAAUGAUGUAGAUGGAUUAAAGAAACACAAACUGGUCAACCCAUUCAAGAAGCUUCAGGAGAACAUGUGCCCUCACCACAGUGAGGUAAUGAAGAUUUUCUGUCGCACUGAUCAGCAGUGUAUCUGUUAUUUGUGCUCCAUGGGUGAACAUAAAGGCCACGACACAGUCCCAGCUUCAACAGAAAGAACUGAAAAGCAGAAAGAGCUGAAGCCGUGUCAUGAAAAAAUUCAACAGAGAAUCCAAGACAGAGAAGAACAUGUUAAGGUGUUUCUGCAGGAAAUGGAAGCCAUUAAUGAGUCUGCUGAUAAAGCUGUGAGGGACACUAACAAGACACUUCAACAACUAUUCCUUCUCAUCAAGGAAAACAUUUCUGAUAUCCAGCAACAGAUCAGAUCCCAACAGAGAACUGAAGUAAAUCGAGCCAAAGAGGUUCUGGAAAAACUGCAGGAAGAGCUCAGGGAACUGAAAAGGAAAGAAGCUGAACUGGAACAGCUCUCUCACACAGAGGAUCACACUCAGUUUCUACACAUGUUCCCUUUGUUCUCAAAUUUUACUGAAUGUACAGAGGUACCCUGCACUAAACGUCAUCCUCUGCUGUACUUUGAUGAUGUGCCGGCUGCUGUAUUAGAGGUGAAAAAUAAACUACAGGACGAUCUUCAGGAAGGAUGGCAAAACGUUUCCCGCACAGUGACUGAUGUAGACGUGUUGCUACCUCAACCAGAGCCACAAACCAGAGCGGAAUUCUUGAAGUUUUCAACUCAGCUCACACUGGAUCCAGACACUGUAAACAUGCGGCUGUUAUUAUCUGAAGAGAACAGAAGGGCAACAUUUGUGAGUAAAAAACAGGCAUAUCCAGGUCACCCUGAAAGAUUCAUGAACAGGUCUCAGGUCCUGAGCAGAGAAAGUCUGACUGGACGUCACUACUGGGAGGUACUGUGGAGCGGGUUUGGUAUUUACAUAGCAGUCGCAUGCAAAAGCAUAAGCAGAACUGGAGAUGAAAGUGAAUUUGGAAAUAAUGAUAAGUCCUGGGCGUUAAAGUGUUCUUCUAUUGAGUAUGAAUUAAGUCAUAAAAGAGUAUUGGAAUUUUUUUCAGGUCCUCAGUCCUCCAUAAUUGGAGUGUACCUGGAUCACAGAGCAGGUAUUCUGUCCUUCUACAGUGUCUCUGACACCAUGACUCUCAUUCACAGAGUCCAGACAACAUUCACUCAGCCGCUCUAUGUUGGACUGAGGGCUUAUCAUUUCUUAGGAUCAGACUCCUCUGCUGUGUUUGUUUGAGUUUGAGUAUGCAGAAUGAAGUAAUUACUUUUUGUGCUUUUCUUGUGCGUUUUUUGAAAUUAAAUAUAUAACCCUUGGUUGGUUGCACCCUUGAAUGUUAAAGAGGACAUGGUAAAAAUGGUAAAUGGCCUGUAUUUGUAUAGCACUUUACUUAGUCCCUAUUGACCCCAAAGUGCUUUACUUUGUGAAUGACUACGUUCAGUCACUAUUGAUGGCAAGCUACAUUAUAGCCACAGCUGCCCUGGGGCGCACUGACAGAGGCGAGGCUGCCAGGCACUGGCACCACCGGGCCCUCUGACCACCAGCAGUAGGCAACGGGUGAAGUGUCUUGCCAAAGAACACAAUGACGGAGACUGUAGGAGCCGGGGCUCGAACCGGCAACCUUCAAGACGACUUGCCAAUGCUUGAGCCACGAUCACUCCAUGGAGAAAACACAUUUGCAUGCAUAAAUAAAUGUAUUAAAAUAAUUAACAAAAAUGUCAUGCUUUGACCAGAGAUUGUAAAUUGAAAAAUUUAUAUUUUAUUUUCUGUAUCUUUUGAAAAAUAUUUUGCUCAUCAUUAUAGUUUGUCAUAGAUGAAAUGCAUUUCAUUUUAUUUUGUUAAAUUUUUAACUCAUAAAUAUUUUCAUAAAAUGCUGUAGUAAUGUAUCCACAAGUUGAUCACCAGUUAUCAAAUAAAUUUGCUUUAAAAAUGUAUGUUUCUUAAAUGAAGUAUCUGUGUCUGUUUAUUUAUAAACAUGAGUAUUUUGUUCCAUGUUUUGAAUAACCAGUGGAGUUUUGUUGUUUCAUUUUCUUAAUCUAUGCUUUUAGUUGCUCCACAGCGUAGUGGUUUUUCUUGUUUGGCGAAUGCAUAGAAAUGCAAUGGAGCCUAAACUUUUCUUAAGUGGGCAGUAUGGAGUAAAACCACUGCAGAAAGAAACCCUUCUAAACUGACCGUAUUUACAAAACAGAUAAACAGCCUGAUGUAUCUUAAAAAAUAUGGGUAUUUUUUUAAAUAAAUCUCAUAUGUUUUUCCACAUUCAAAGUUUGCAGCCAUUCAACGUUCAAGACCAGUUUGGUCCACAAAUAUUUGGACAGAGACAACUUUCUUAUUUUGGUUCUGUGCGUUACCAGAAUGAAUUUUAAAUGAAACUCAGAUUCAGUUGAUUUUCAGACUUUCAGGUUUAAUUCAGUGGGCUGAACAAAAAGACUACAUAAAAAAAUGUAAGGAACUAAAGCAUUUUUAACACAGUAGUUGUUUAAAUGCUCAUUUCUGAUUCUUGGCUGAAAUCCCUUUGCUGGCAAUAACAGUCUUAAAUUCAUGAGCAUCACCAGAUGCUGGAUUUCCUCCAUUUUAAUGCUCUGCCAGGCCUUUACUGCAGUGGCUUUCAGCUUUCUGUCUAUAACAAGUGAAAUGCAUGCUCAGCUGGGUAAAGAUCAGCUGACUGACUUGGCCAUUUAACUAUAUUCCACUGCAUCCGCAUCUCCUCUGGUGUGCCACCACAGACCACGCUCUGCCACAGGGAUAGUUUUUGUGCCUAUGCAUAUGUCUUUCACUUUGGUUCGGCCCAGGCGGGUCCAGUAAAGACACAUUCUUCUUCAUUCACAGCUGGGUGCAGGUUUCUCCAAACUUAAAAACAAUAUCUUUGCACAAUGACUUAAACUAGCACCAUUGGAGAAUAAACUCCUGGGUUGCUUUGACUGUAUGUUUUGGGCCAUUGUCCAUCUGUGUUUCAAACAGUUUUUAUAACUUCACACCAAUAUUUGACAUCUGCAUGAGCUAAAUAGUCUCAAUAAAGAAAUGAUUUGAUUUGUCCACCUAUUUUUAAUCCUGGCAUAAAUCGCAAAUCAUUAUUUGAGAAUUUAAUUCCCCCCCAAAGAGGGUAGCAUUCCACAUUGUUGCCUUUCAUCAGAAAUAGUACUUAGAGCUCUGCCCAAAUACUUCAUACAAAGAGAUGACAUUGACCCAUGCUCUCAUUUCUUUUAAAUGCUGUUUGACAAACUUGAAGGUCUGAUUGGUUCCUCUUUUUUUGACUCGUGGACUUCUGAGGCUCUGUUAGAGUGACUGUCUGCUUGAUGGUGAUUUCCCUAAUCAAUGAGCUAUUUGUCCUUUUUGUUCUUUUUCACAAAUGAACUUUACAGGUUUUUUAUACCGUGGUCGUUGUCUCAGUUUUACCAUUAUGGCCUUUUCUGGAUUGUAAAAGAACCACGGCAGACCCGGCGACAUGUUGAUGCUUUUCAGCAUCUUUAAAAAGUGUAUUAACCACAGUUGCUAUUACAAACACACAAACAGUUGUAGCUCUACAUCCAGCCGCACAUAUCACCACCAA